AUGAUAAGCGGUAUUGGAAGAACGGAGAGAUUAGACGCAGGCGAAUAUUCAGUCUCUGGGUUUGUUCACACAGACCAAGAGUUGCCAGAGCUGUGGGGUGUCUUCACCAAGGUACCCAUCAAGUCUGAGUGUGACUUUGGGAAGGCCUAUCCAACAUCAGCUCAGCCGAAAAUACAAAGCCAUCAUUUGAUUGUCCAACAGGCAACCUGGGAAGACAGUGAUGUGAUUGCCAUAGAAUGCGCUCUAUACUUCUGUGCCAACAUCUAUCAAACAGUAGUCGAGCCAAAGGUCCUACACGAAAGAGUUGUCGGUUCUCACGCCAACCGAAACCUGGACUCUUUCCUAUCAGUAGGAUCGAUAAAAACCAACAACCCAGCCUUGUCACAGGCCUACAACACUUUUGUGAACCACUCACUAUUUGUCGGAUACUGGGAUGCCCCCUGCACAGAUCUGCAGCUCGUCGUCUCCCGAGCCGACUAUCUCGCCGCUACUGGCUUGAACUUGGAGGAUGACCUGAAAUUCAACAUCUCACAUAACACUAUUCCUUGGGUUUCGGAUUCGGGUCGUCAAGAACCGACGGAACUUGUUGCCGGGUUUGCAGCUUCGCAGAAUAUCUCGAGAACUUUUGAAAUGGUCGCCGCCAGUCUGAGAAAUGGAUUCGAAAUCGUUCGAUGA